GUGAAAGCACGAGCGACUUCGGCUCGGAUGUUCAGAGGACCAAGGAGAAAGACAAGGCGCUGUCUGUUCCCAUCGAAAAGGUGAGGGCGGACGUUCGCACCUUGGAGGGCGAAAUCGGGUCCCUGCGGCGGCUGCUGGGCGACAUGCGCGCCAAUGCUGCAGCGGUCAUCUGCAACCACCUACGUCAAGCAGAGAAGUCGGCAGGCCGUAAUUGGUCGGCCAAGGAGGCCUCUGCCUGGGGCCACAGGAUGCUGUCCCUCCUGGUCUCGGAGGACUUUGCCACCACGACGAUGAAGGAGCUGCAAAAGUUGGCGCCCACGGCGAUAUUAACUCACUGA